AUGUCGCCCUCGGCAGUCCAGAGCAAGGUCACACCUCCAUAUCAAAGACCGAAUCUGCAUAUCCAUGGCAUUGGAGUCGAAUACCCUCCUUAUGAAAUCAAACCCGAGCAACUUGCGACUCUCGCUAGGCGUUUCUACCCCAGCUCCCCAGCUCUCGAGAAGGUGCUGACGAUCAACGACUAUACGGGCAUUGACUCUCGUUCUGCCAUUGGCAACAUUGACCAUCCGCUCGCUAAUGCCCCGGAGCCUCCGACCAUCGCGCAAUUGUGCGAAACCUUCCUCAGCUAUGGAGUCAAGCUGUCGGCGGCAGCUUGUCGCAAGGCCCUAGAGCAAUGGGGAGGAGAUCUGUCCGAAAUCACUCAUGUGGUGGCCACGACCUGCACCAAUUCAGCCAAUCCGGGCUAUGAUCACUAUGUCAUCAAGGAACUUGGUCUCAACACCAAUAUCGAAAAGGUCCUUCUGCAUGGAGUCGGCUGUUCUGGCGGGUUAGCAGCAUUGAGAACCGCUGCCAAUAUCGCCUUGGGUUCCAGCUUUCGACGAAAACCAGCUCGAAUAUUGGUCUUUGCCUGUGAGAUUUCGAGUACCCUCGUUCGAUCGGAGCUCGAUUCGAUACACCAAAAUCAAGAGGUCAGAAUUGGCGUGACCUUAUUUAGUGACUGUGCAUCAGCGGUGGUGCUCGGUAAUGGAUUGAGCGAUCGCUUCGACGAAGAACCGAUCCUGGAGUUGUUAGGUUGGGAUCACCGAAUCAUUGAAGACACCGAAAAGGAUCUCGGAUUUGAUGUCGACCCUGUUGGUUGGAAAGUUGUCCUGACCCAGAGAGUCCCCAAGCUCGCGUCGGCCGCCGUGCCACCCAUGUUCGAAGAUUUGGUCGCCUCCAUACCCGAACUUGUUGAUUUGGGAAAAUUCAAAGCGUCGGAUUAUGACUGGGCGCUUCAUCCUGGUGGAUCUUCCGUCAUCACCGGAGUGGAAAAGGUCAUGCAUCUGAAGCCGGAGCAUCUUCGUGCGAGUUAUGAAAUUUAUAUCACCCACGGCAAUAGUUCUAGCGCCACCAUCUUCAGCGUCAUGAAUCGAUUACUCGAGGGAGAGACAACCGAUCAUCUGGUUGGUUGCGCCUUUGGUCCCGGCAUUGCAAUUGAGAUGAUGGUAUUUCGGCGAACCAACCAGGGCUCGGAUGCUGGGACUGAAAGUCCAACGGAAACCUUGGUCGCGGAGGAUGUGGACUGA